AUGAGUUCCUACCAACCCAAACUAAUCGAGCUAUUGUUCUCAAAGAAAUAUCAUAUUUCAUCUCGAGAGCAUUUCUACCUAGACGCCGUCAACUAUCUACAAGAAGCACUCAAAUCACCCCUUAUAUCCAAGGGCCGCGUAUUCCUCUGCCAAGUCGACGACUGCAUAACAUUUCUCCGGCGAGGUUUCGCGUACCGAGCCGCGCGCGUCGAGUCCAUAGUCGUAGCAGGAUUCACCGAGACAAAGUAUUUCCAAGGGUUUCAAAUUGAGAACGAUUAUGGCAUUGAAUGCGCGUCAAUUUCGGCGAGUUCUACCAAGAGCCCUUGGAUCCAGCCAAGAUCGCCAAUGUUGCGGACGGCGAUUCGACCUCUAUUCUAG